UUUUUUUUUUAAAUUACAAUCUUUAAUUACCUGUCAUUUAAUCCAUAAUCCACUGCCUAGAUUUUAUCUUGUUGGUUCACCUACUCGUGGACCACUCUCGUAAGUGUCCUAAAAUCAGUAUGAUUCCAUCCAACCAGCGUCAACUUCACUGUUUAUUAAUGUAUAUUAAUUGCUUUUGUAAUGUUUAUUAGUUAUUUUGGGAAAGGUAUUUCUUUUGUUUUUGGGCUGAUUCUUCUGCUUUGUGUCUGGAAUUCGUCAAGUUCAAGAAGAGUCCAUGUUCUUUACCCGUCUGGAUGGUCACGAAUCAGGUGCCUUUGCCUCACCUAUAAUGAUGGUUUUAUAUUGAGAUCUUCACCCAUUAGGUUUCUGAGAAUUUUCAGCGCUUUUAAUUGGGGUGGUGUUCUGAGUUUCAGAAAAGGGGAACUGGAUUCCAGCUAGGGAGCUUCAAUUGAGGAGAUAAUAGCAAUUUGUUAUCAAGCGAGUGAGUUUAUACCCUAAAGUUCAGAAAGGGGUCCAUUUACUUGCUUGUGGAUGCAAAGAUGGGGAAGAAUGGGAAGAUCUCAGAAUACAGAGAAAGGCUGGACAGGACACUGGCAUCCCAUGAACUGACAAAUAAUGUUGCACUUAAAACCCUUGUGAGGAAUCAGCUCCUCCAGUCUUCACCUAAUGAGAAUGAAGGAUGUGCUGAGAAUGUAAUAGAAAAAAGGACUACUGAAGUAUCCAAUUUUCUUGACAUGUUGAGGAGUGCUUCUGUUAGUGAGCAUGAGGCAUCAAAAACAUCUCAGACAUCACAUGGUGAAUGGAAAUUAAAGGAUGAUAAGGAAGAGUACCGUGUGAUGUAUCGCGAAGGACCCCAUGGUACUCCCCUUCAUACCUUACUUGUUGAAGGCUAUGUAGAUGGGCCAAUUGAUACUUGUUUAUGUAUUUCUUGGGAGUCAGCCCUCUACAAGAAAUGGUGGCCACAGAUUAGUUUCCCGCCUUUUAAAAUUACAGUAUGCAAAUGUUUGCAAAAAGUCCGGAUUGGUGAACAAAUAUGUUUAGUGAGGGUGAAGGUAACAUGGCCACUCUCAGCUAGGGAGGCAGUCGUGCACUAUUUUUUAUUUGAAUACCUCAAAGAUGGUCUGGUGGUUGUUCUUUCAAACACGAUAUCGGAUUUGGAGAGCAUUGACAAAACUACCCAUGGAUUUUCCAGGGAUGGGAUACCUGAAGUGAAGGAUGUGGUAAGGAUUGAUGUUGUUGGAGGUUUUGCCAUACAAAAAGUGACCUCAGAAAGAAGUUACUUUCGGACUAUAGCAAACGUGGAUUUGAAGCUGGACUUUGUCCCUCCAUCCCUUAUAAACUUUAUCUCAAGGCAGCUUAUUGGUGGUGGUUUCAAGCUCUAUCAAAAGGCAGUGGCUUCUGUGUCCAGCUAUGAUGAAGAUUAUAGUAAAGCUUUGGAGGAUCCAAUGUAUGCUCGAAUACGCAAGUCUCUUUAUUCCACUGAUGAGGCAAAUGAAACUAUGGAAGGGAAAGAACUCAAGAAUGAUGCAUGCCUUCCAUUGCAAGAGCAUUCUCUGAAAGAUGUGCAGAAAAACUUGGAGGAAAUGGAACAGAAGGUUCAGGGAGGUGAAAGUGCAAGUGAAUCCAUGCCAGAGAAUGCACAAGUUACAGACAAGAAAGUUUUUUGUGAGAUUGAAGAAAAUGAGAGUGAUGAAAUCAUACAAUUGAAAGAUGAAAUUGACGACACAGAACAGAAAGUUCAAAGCAAUGACAGUGUGAUUGAAAUUUUGCAAAAUACUAAUCUGACUACAGGCAUGAAAACAUUUGGCGAAAUUGAGGAAGAAGAGAGUGAUGUUAGUGUAGAAUUAAAGAACUAUGGCAAAAGUAUAGGUCAACCCUUAACUGAUAAAGUUGUACAGGAGAGUCUUGUGAACUGCAAAACAAAUAUUCAUGUUAGUCCUGAGGUAGAACAAGCUUUAGAAACUCUAGAGCAGGCCAUUUCUUUGGUCCGGGAACAUGGAUUUAAGAGUCUAGGCAGGUUUUCCUCUGGCUUAAUCAGUGAAGGUACUCCAAAUCUACAAAAGGGUGCAGAAAAGGAUUCAACUUUUGUAGAAGAUGGAGAAUCUUCAGACUCAGAGGUCUCUGUUGAAGUAUCCGAAGAAGUUACAACUGUGGAGAGGACUUCACAUGAAUCCAGGAAUAGGUCCAGCAAUUGUGAUGUCAGCAGGCGUGUGGGAUCAAAUUCUCAUGCAAGGGAAGUGAACCAUAACAAGAUAGCACCAGCAUCACCAGAACAGUAUCUUCCAAUUCCCAUUGAAAGUAACCAGGUGUUGCGUUCAUCCAAAGAUGGCAUCACAGACCUAUCAAUUGUGGAUCGAACAUUGCGAAACGAAAAGCAAAUGGAUAUUGAGGUAAAUGGAAUCCAUGAAAAUGGUUUGCAGGUAGAGAAGAAAUUGAGCUGGCGGAAUAACCGUAGGUUGUGUUGCUUCAGUCUGAGCCACCGGUAAAUGAUACCUUGAGAGGGAAGAAAUUUAGAUGGUGACUGUAAUCUUUACAUCCACAUAAGUGGAUCAAUGAUAGCUUCCAUAGAAUUACAGAAAUAUUUUUAUAUGGAUUAAUCGUACCAUUGUAUAUAUUUAUUCUUCGGCCAAAAUGACCCAAUAAAUCUUUGUAUUCCUCUCACAGAUAAGAUUUCAAGUUUAAUAGUAAGUUGUUUGACUUAACUUA